AUGACUACACCGAUCACCGGAGGGAGCACUUCUAUACCGGCGGUACGAAAUCAGGUAGAAGUUCAGGUUGGAUUAGUAGGGGAUGCACAGGUCGGGAAAACUUCGUUGAUGGUGAAAUAUGUGCAGAAUAUAUACGAUAAGGAGUACACACAGACGCUUGGAGUGAAUUUUUUGAAAAGAAAAGUCAGUAUACGCUCCACGGAUAUUAUAUUUUCCAUAAUGGAUUUAGGAGGACAGAGAGAGUUCAUUAAUAUGCUUCCAAUUGCGACCGUGGGUUCCUCGGUGAUCAUCUUUUUAUUUGACCUGACACGCCCAGAGACGUUGAGUUCAAUAAAGGAGUGGUAUAGACAGGCGUAUGGGCUGAAUGAUUCGGCAAUUCCUAUCCUGGUGGGCACGAAGUACGAUUUACUAAUAGAUUUAGACCCAGAAUACCAAGAACAAAUCUCGGGAACGAGUAUGAAAUACGCACAGGUCAUGAAUGCGCCAUUAAUAUUUUGUUCUACGGCCAAGUCUAUAAACAUUCAAAAAAUUUUCAAAAUUGCAUUGGCCAAGAUCUUCAAUUUAACGCUGACAAUCCCAGAAAUCAAUGAGAUCGGCGAUCCGCUUUUGAUAUAUAAGCAUUUGGGCAGUCAGCAACGUCGACGUCAGAGUAAGAGCCAGGAUAGAAAAAAUCAUACUGUCAAGAAGCCCUCUUCGUCGCCUUCAUCGAAGCCACCUUCGCCCGGUGUUAACAUAUGA